AACAACCUGAUCUGAAUGCUCUCCAAAGUAGCACAACAGAAAAACCUUGAGGGGUACGUGGGAUUUGCCAAUCUCCCCAACCAAGUGUACAGAAAGUCUGUGAAGAGGGGCUUCGAGUUCACUCUCAUGGUCGUCGGAGAAUCAGGUUUGGGGAAGUCUACACUCAUCAACUCCCUGUUUCUGACAGACUUGUAUUCUCCGGAGUAUCCCGGACCCUCUAACAGAAUCAAGAAAACUGUUCAGGUGGAGCAGUCCAAGGUGCUGAUUAAAGAGGGAGGAGUUCAGCUGCUGCUCACCAUCGUGGACACGCCAGGGUUCGGAGAUGCUGUGGAUAACAGUAACUGCUGGCAGCCCGUCAUCGAUCACAUCGACAGCAAGUUUGAGGAUUACCUCAACGCGGAGUCACGGGUCAAUCGGCGCCUGAUGCCUGACAGCCGAGUGCACUGCUGUCUGUACUUCAUCGCCCCCUCUGGUCAUGGACUGAAACCACUGGAUAUUGAGUUCAUGAAACGGUUACAUGAAAAAGUGAACAUCAUUCCACUCAUCGCCAAAGCAGACACACUGACUCCAGAGGAGUGCCAACAGUUCAAGAAGCAGAUAAUGAGAGAGAUCCAGGAACACAAGAUCAAAAUCUAUGAGUUCCCAGAGACUGAUGACGAGGAGGAGAGCAAGCUAGUCAAGAAGAUUAAGGACCGUCUGCCGCUGGCUGUGGUGGGCAGUAACACCAUCAUUGAGGUCAAUGGGAAGCGUGUACGGGGCAGGCAGUACCCAUGGGGCGUGGCAGAAGUGGAGAAUGGAGAGCACUGUGACUUCACAAUCCUCCGAAACAUGCUCAUCAGAACUCACAUGCAGGACCUGAAGGACGUGACCAACAACGUCCAUUACGAGAACUAUCGCAGCGGGAAGCUGGCCGCUGUCACGUACAACAGCGCAGACAACAACAAGAACAGCGGCCAACUCACAAAAUCUGACACAGCCGAUGGCAUGAGCCCGCUGGCACAGAUGGAGGAGGAGAGGAGAGAACAUGUGACCAAGAUGAAGAAGAUGGAGAUGGAGAUGGAGCAGGUGUUUGAGAUGAAGGUCAAGGAGAAGAUCCAGAAGCUCAAAGACUCUGAGGCAGAGCUGCAGCGGCGUCAUGAACAGAUGAGGAAGAACCUGGAGGCCCAGCACAAGGAGCUGGAGGAGAAGAGACGUCAGUUAGAGGAGGAGAAGGUCAGCUGGGAGGCGCAGCAGCGCGUGCUGGAGCAGCAGAAGCUGGACGCUUCCAGGACCCUGGAAAAGAACAAGAAGAAGAAGAUCUUUUAAAGCGCUCGGACCGUCACCACAUCAUCGUCUGUCGACCGAAAUCUAAGGUGUUGUGUUUGAUGAGUGUUUGUGUGGGACGCUGGAAACACUCCUCUCCAUCAGACUAAAGCAUCGGUUCAUUCUCCUGACCUCACCGAAACUGAAAAACAGACAAACUCCUCACAGAUAUGCAAUACUGUUUGAAAUGACUUUGAAUUGGUUAAUGCGUCAGAUUCCCCUCCUGCGACGCGGGUUUGUUUAGUGAGGUCACUUCCUGCUCCUCUCAAUAAAGGCUGAAUCUUACCUCAGGCAUUUCUGGCCUUUAAACGGCAACCUUUUCUGUGGCUUCUUCUUUUCCCUUCCUGAAAUGUUAAGCUUCCAAUAUUUGUCUAAUUUAAAUUAUUUAGCCAUGGACCUUAGCCAUUCAUGAAUUUUUUUUUUUGUCUUUUAGUUACAAUUUAUUUGAUAAAUUUCCAGUUCACAGUUUGUUUUAAGUGCUUGUGUAUUUACACGUCCUUUACGAGUGUCACAUGAUGUGUCCAUGGAUCCUCCUGUAGUGAAGUGCUGUAGGACAUUAUGCAAAUGCAGGAUUCAUCACACACGAUGUGUGUUUGUCAGUGAUUUGAUGAGUGUUUCCUGCUCCUCCUCGUGCGGGUAAACUGAUUCAGGAACAGUGGAUGUGUGUUUCUCUCUCUGUAAGAGCUGACACACUCAGCUCUCGGUCAUGUACUUCUGCAACUUUUUUAUCAUUUCGUUUCUUUUUGUUUUGCUUUUCCAUUUUUAUUGUACAAAGUCACAUAAUAAAAUUGUGAUGAUGCCA